UUUUUAUUUUAUUUUCUACAAUCUUUAAAAAAAAAAAUGAAUAAUUACCUCACCUACUCUUCUCCUCUCAUAUUGCAAACCUGUAAGAACAAAUAGAUUCUUUCUCCUUCAACAAAACAAAACAAAAUAAUUGGAAGAACAAAAAGUAAUGAAGUUUUGAUGGAAGACAGAAAAGUUCAUACAAUCGCUGUUUUAUCAGUGAUAUCCUUAAUAAUUGUUAUCAUCGUUUGUCGUGUUUCCUUAAAACUCUCGAAAGCUUUCUUCCUAAUUUGCGGCGCUUCAAUCGCGGUGAUUCUCGCUGUCUUUUCAUGCAUACUGAUAAGAUACCGUUACAACAAAAGAAGAAAAGUGUUGGAACUACAGUUGAAAUCAGAAGGAAGAGAGCUUCGAAUCGAGUACAGUUUCUUGCGAAAAGUUGCCGGGAUUCCAACAAAGUAUAGAUACAAAGAGCUUGAAGAAGCAACUGAUAAUUUUCAAGCAAUAAUCGGUACAGGCUCAUCCGCUUCAGUUUUCAAAGGCAUUCUAAACGAUGGAACUUCAGUUGCGGUGAAAAGAAUCCAUGGUGAAGAAAGAGGUGAGAGAGAAUUUAGAUCAGAAGUUUCAGCUAUUGCUAGUGUUCAACAUGUUAAUCUUGUGAGACUUUUUGGUUAUUGUAAUUCUCCGACACCACCUAGGUAUCUUGUUUAUGAGUUUAUACCAAACGGGUCGUUAGAUUGUUGGAUUUUUCCGGUGAAAGAAACGAGGAGACGUAGAUGUGGUUGUUUGCCUUGGAAUUUAAGGUAUAAUGUUGCUAUUGAUGUUGCGAAAGCGUUGAGUUAUCUUCAUCAUGAUUGUAGAUCUAGGAUUUUGCAUCUUGAUGUGAAGCCAGAGAAUAUUCUUUUGGAUGAAGAUUAUAAAGCACUUGUUGCUGAUUUUGGUCUUGCAAAGCUUGUGGGAAAAGACGAGAGUAAUGUGAUGACAACGAUAAGAGGAACUAGAGGUUAUUUAGCGCCUGAAUGGUUAUUAGAACGUGGAAUUUCUGAGAAAACUGAUAUUUAUAGUUAUGGAAUGGUUUUGUUGGAGUUAAUUGGAGGGAGAAGGAAUGUUUCAAGGGUGGAAGAUCCAAGAGAUAAGAGUAAGAAAAAGUGGCAAUUUUUUCCUAAGAUUGUGAAUGAGAAACUGAGAGAAGGGAAAUUGAUGGAGAUUGUGGAUCAAAGAUUGUUGGAAAGUGAGAAUUUAGAUGAGAAUGAGGUGAAAAGGUUGGUGUUUAUUGCUUUGUGGUGUAUACAAGAGAAACCAAGAUUGAGGCCUAGUAUGGUUGAAGUUGUGGAUAUGCUUGAAGGACGUGUGAGAGUUGAGGAGCCACCAGGUACUAGAAUGAUUCUUGUUGAUUUGUUGUCUGUUGAUGAAGAUGCUGGUGAUGAUGAUAAUAAUAAUCUAGUGAGGUUGUUGACAUCUGUGUCUACUCAUGUUGAUUGUAAUACAUCUACUUACUCUUUAGGUUCCACUAUUUUGUCUGGUAGAUAACAUAACAUUUUUGUGUCACAAUGUAAUUGAUGCAAAAUGACAUCAACUAGGCCUAUGUUUGAUAUUACUCCAAAAACACAGUCAUACGGCACGUUUGACGGAAGCUUGCAUUUGUUGCUUCAGGAAAGCACGGUGCGUAUAACCUUAAAAGUGAGGUAGCGGCAAUUGACCGAGUUUCCAAACACACACUACAUUGUAUGUAUGUAUGUACAAUUUUGAUUUAUAUUGUCAUUUAUUUCUAAUUGAUUCCAACACAA